GCCGGGAGGAGCCCGGGCGGGGAGGGAGAGCCGAGGGGAGCCGGGCGCGCGAAGGACUGCCUCGAUGGGCUUGAAAAAUCACUGCAGCAGCAGCGGCGGGCAGGGGGGAGAUGCAAUCCUCGGGCUGCGCUGCCACGCCGCUCUCUCCGCCUCUCCCCUCCGGCAGCGCUCAACCCUUCUACCCCCACGCCCGGCCCCUCUGUCCCCGCGGCCGGCUCCAAACUUUUUCGGCCGCUCACUCGCCCCCCGGGGUGUGAGGGAGCCCCGGGCUCAGCGGUCGCCCGGAGCCCGCGCCCCCGUCCGCCCGCCCAGGAGGGAUGCUGCUCCGGGAACUGCUGGGGCUGCUCCGCUGCUGCUGGCCCUCCCUGCUGCUGCACUGUGCCCUCCACCCGCUCUGGGGCUCCGUCCAGGUCACUCAGGGUGAGCCCCAGAAGUCAUGCUCCAAGCCUGUAGCAGAGGGAGUCACAAAGAGCUGCCAGGAAAUCUGCCAGUGCAGGCCACCUCCACCGUUACCGCCGCCUCCUCCACCUCCACCACCCCCAAGGUUGCACGUGGUGCCCACUCCCAAGUCUACCUUUUGUCCCACUGAAGAAACCUGGUGGCCAGGCCUGGUUAUUAUCAUUGCAGUAUGCUGCGCCACACUAGUGUUUCUCCUCGUAGUUGUCAUCAUUUGCUACAAAGCCAUAAAAAGGAAACCAAUGAGAAAAGAAGAGAAUGGAACCAGUCGGGCUGAAUAUGCAAUGACCUCCUCCCAAAACAACAAAACAGUUGAUAACAAUGCGGUCGUAUAAUCCCCAAAACCCCACCAAGGCACAGGAGGUGGUAAACUUUCAAAGCACACACGUGGAGUAUGCAAGGUGGGUGAAGUAAGGCAAUGAAAGGAGCUCUGUGGCCAAGAACUUCAUUUCAGAAACAGCGCACGCAUCAGUGAUUCAGAAGAGAAAAGCAGGUUGCUCUUCAGGCUUUCUGCUUCUCCAGGGGAGGAUAAAUUCACCCACCCAGGCUGCCGGGGGAAAAGGCCUCACAAAGGCAUAAGCGUUGCAUGCUGCAUCUCAUGAAAUCGAUGUCAUGAUGCCUCCCGCUUCUUCUUCUUCUUCCUCGCUUCCCCCAACUUUUCAGUUUGAAAUGAGUGUCCGAAAAAAGCAGCUUAAAUAGGAUCUUUCGAGGAGAAGGUUAUCUGCCAGAGUGGCAGCAGUUUAUUACAAAGUGGGUCUGAGGGUCAUUGGUGGGAGGUGUCACUUACGUGCUUCUCCAGCCUGUGCAAUUUUGUAUGCUUAUACUUCUUUCUUAUCACUCUUAUUAUUGCAUUAUUAAAAAGGGAAAAAAUAUUUCUGUUAAGCCAUCAAGCAACCAAAAAUUGCAUGAACUUGUGACUUAUCCCAGGAAAUUUAUCUGUGGUCUGAUGACUAUGCAAUUUCCAUGGCUAAAGACUUUUCAGGAAAAGAAUUCAAAAUGUAAGAUUUUAACAUUUAGCAUUGCUAUUGAAAGAGAGAUAUAAUUAAGAGGUGCUUUGAACAUUAUUACUUUAUAAUCAGCAUCCUUUUUUGCAUUGCGUUUCAUUUAUUGUCUUUAGAAAGUUCUUCCUUUGUGAAAUUCUUCAUUUUUCUCUGUGUUUGCAUCACGCUGAUUCCCCAGGGAUGCCCCUACAGGAAAGAUGUUCUUUACAUCUUGUGUGAGUGUUGGGGCGGGAUUGUGUUGAAAGGAGUAGCAGCCCUUUGAAGUCCUCUUCAUUCACUGAUUAGUGUUGUUUCCCGAGAGUGUCAAGUCUCCUGAACUGACCCACCAAGGACAUUGCAGGUCUGUCUUGGAGGACCACUUGUGAGGGUCUGGUAAGCUGGUUGUGCCCACGUUAACUCAGUCUCUGCCUCUCCUGGGCAGAGACUGCCAAUUGUGCCAAAUUCAGUGUAAUAGCUUAGUGUUGUAUUUUCCGUGAUGUGGAUUGCAGACUACUUCAAAGCAAAGCUGAAUCCACUCAAAUUCCUUUCACGCAGGAUCUCAGGUUAGACUCAGUAAGUAACCCUUGGGAUAAAGGUGAUGAGACUAGCCGAGGCGCUGGUCUUUCCUUCGUGUCGCACCUCCACGUGUAUGUCUCCAUUUACCUGUGUGCUGAAAGUAGUGACGCAGUGAAAGACAAAUUUCCACCCCGGCUUCUUGUCUGGACAUCAAGCUUCAAUACCACUCAGUCUCCAUAUCUGUGAGUAACGACCCAGGCUUGCUCCAGGACGUGGCUACACCCCAGCCAUCAUGUCCCUCAGUACUGCAACACACCGAUGCUUUCAGUUUUAUGUAAGGGUGUGCCUGAACUGCAGAAAUCGGACCUGGAUUUUGAAUGCAUUCCUGUCUGUGGUUGAUCUAUCACUGGGAUGUAGAGUUUGGGCUGAUGGUAGAGGAAGACAAUGUUCUGCAGACCUUCCCCAAAAAAGCUCCAGGAUGUUCAAAUCAGCAGUUUCAGCUCAGGCCCAUCUCUAGUUUUCUAUUACCUAUUGAACAAUAGGUUGUAUGUAAAUGUAAGUAUCUUUUCAAUGACAAAAUUAAAUGCUGCUAUAUACUGCUUUUGAGGAUUUUAUGGAGUUAUUAGUUUAGCUUUUUAGCCUGUCAUCACUAUGUAAAAGUUUAGCUACACAAAGUUAUUUUUUAAAGGCUAGACUUUCUUGGGAAGUGAAUGCAACUACAAAAGUGAAAGGGAAUAAGCAAGCCUUUGCCCCAGAGUAUGGUCAUUCCCUGCCAUAUUCAUGUUGUGUGCUUGCACAAGACACAGUGGUAUGUUCUUAGAUCCAAAGUGGGAUUAAAAUGACAGAUUUUACACUUUGAGUCUAGUAUCCCAAACGUUGAUUGCCUAAAGCACUUAGCCCCUAAAUACUAUAAUAAAAAUAUUGCAAGUAUAUUUCUAGAGUAUUUUUUAAGGUAUAACAUUUAUUUUGGUGUAGUUACCUAUGUUUGCCUUUCUUUUUUUACUCCAGUUGUUUCUGCCUAAAUGUGGCAUAGUUUGAGACUGGUUGCAUGUUUAGCUGAGAGUAGAAAGUAUGAAUGCAGAUGAGUUUAGCAUGAUACAGGCUCAGGAUUAGCACUUUCUCCUAAAGGUUGUUGAUUUUAUUAAUUCCCUAAUACAGCUUUAAAGGUAUGUUCUGUAAGGCCAAAAUCACAAAAGGGAUCUAUAGCCCAUUAUGUGCAUCAAAAUGUGUCUGUUUUUGCAAGAAAAAGUCUGAAGAGUUGGUCACAGGACACUUUCUGAUUUUCAGUGAUGUCAACAGUAAAAUGUCCUCACUAGAGAAAGCCCAGGUGCAUGGCAUGACAUAACCCACAAAAAAACCCACCCAGGAGAACAUAAACAUUAAAAACCUCACAGUGAGGAAGGAGGCAGGGCAUUUCAAGGAGGCACUAGGAUCUAUUUUCAACUCUGCCACUGUUCUGCUGUUUACUAGCAAGUAAUUUUGCCUCUUUGUGCCUCAAUUUACCCAUCUGUAUAAUCAAGAUUAAAAUACCAGCUCUGUGGCAGUGUUUUGAGACAUAUAGAUGUAUCUCAUUUGCAUAGGCAGAUUUAUGCUAUCAUUAUAUUCAACAUGCUGAUAUUAAAUAAACAUAUUUGGGCAGAUUAUCACCAUAAUAUUUCAUAAACAAACAUUCCCCAGUGUGCUUUUAUGAGCCAUUGGCCACAGCAGAGCAGCAGCAGCCAGGCUGAGAGCUGCUCUUCCACUUGUCCACAGCCUCUGUGCUCAGCACCGCAUGGCUGCGCAACGGGAAGAGAUGGGAAAACCUGCACCGGGUAGUUUUGCCAUUAGAUUCCUGCCUAAGUACAGUUGACUACAUUGCACCAAAAUUUAAGGUGGUCUUCAGAAAGGUACUUGAAAAGUACACUGGAAGCAGAUGUAAAUCUUCAGAAAGGGGAGGGCAGAAAAGCGACAUCUUUGGGGAAUGGUUUCUGAAGUUUGCUGAUAUGGUUUAGGUUUCAUCUAAUGCUCCACGGAAUACUUGCAAGGCUUUUAUAGAAGAGGCUUCUGUGCUUCCUUAUGGUACUAUAAUUAAAUACAAAGGGAAAGUAAUAGGCUUGAUGGAUAAGGGUUUCACUAAGCAGUGACCCUGGAUCUGGGGAACUGGCAAUCCAAAAUACAGCUUUACAAGCAUUUUGAGAUUAUUUUUAGCCACCAAAAUAUCAGGCAUAGAAAGGUCCCGCAUAUCUCGGUUCUCAAAAUAGCCAGAUCUGCAGCAGAUGCAAAGGUGGCCAAUUUCUGCAAAGAAGUUAACCCCUCUGCUGUGACCACCACGAGGCAGACUCAGAAAACUGCCGUGUUCAGCCUGAGGGAGAGCAUCAACUUCAGAUUUCUUCUUAAGGGUCACAAAUAGCAGAAACAAGCAGGGAAUGCACUUUAGGGGCCUGAGCUGCAAAGUGUGGAGUUUCCUUGAUCCUCAGAAGCACCAGGAGGGUGGAACUGAAGCCCCAACCCUGCUGCCCUUCCUAGCUCAGACCUGACACAGCUGUGUGACCAGGAAAGCAUCUCAACCUUGGAUAGAUGCUGCAAAAACAGACAUGGAAGGAAAGAGGAGAGUUCUACUAAAUAUAAGAUAUAAAUAUAUUGAUAUAUAUCUAUACAGAGACCUAAUUGUCCAGUCUUGCAUGCCAUAUGGUCACAGCAUGUGAAGCGAGUGUGGGCCUCCUGCUCCAACCAGGUCAUGACCAUAGAUGCUGCCAAGCAAUGGAGAAUCAGGCCUAUGGUAGAUAUGUAUUUACAAUACUCCCUGCACCUGUACAAACAAAAAUAUAUUAUUUUAAAUUGCAAAAUAGUGUGUUUAAAUCAAUGCAUGAAUGUAAAUAUUCUAAGAUCUGCCUUCUUGACUGUGUACCACAUGUACAGAUGAAAACAAAUAUUGUUUAUAGGAAAUCUGUAUCAGUGGUUAAAUGACUAAAGAGAAAAAAAAUAUCAGAAUUAAUGUUGUCAUGUUUCUCAAACAAGCCAUUAAUGUAUAUUUAGUAUUUAAGGAUAUUGCUCAAUAAGUAUGUUCUGUACCAAAAACUGUGUUGCAUAUACAGAUUGUGCAGUACCCUAUUUUAAAAAGACACCAUAAUUAAUUUUUAUUUUAAAUAAAAAUGUACUUGUAAAAA